AUGGUUACUGGUCUUGAUCUGGUAGAUAUCUGGAAAAAGCUAAAUAAAAGUGAACCGGGGCACACCUUUUACCAUCCCUCCGGUUCUUCUCGACUUGAUAGGAUAUAUGCUAGCCGAUCUUUUGCAGAGAAUUUUGUAAAUAUUUAUUUGCAAUCUUUGUCGGUUAGUGAUCAUCAAUCGGUACAAUCAACUUUUACCUGCAAUCUCGAUCUCCCACAUCGUACUAGAUCCCCUGCUGGUUUGUGGAAAUUAAAUACUUCCAUACUGUCAGAAGAAGGCUAUCAAAACUAUGUAAAAAUUUUUAUUCAUGAAUCUGCCAAUCAUCCUCUUAGGGAAAGUAAUGUCGCAAAUUGGUGGGAGAGUGUACUGAAACCAGGUAUCAAACGCAUUUCGGUAGAUUAUUCUAAACAAAGAGCUAGAAUGAUUAGGGAAACGAAAUUUUUCUACCAGUCCUGCAUUCAGGAGAUGGCCGAAGCAGAUACCUUUGAUUGGGUUGCCUUUCACCAGUUGAGGAAAUUCUCAAAGUCUUGGGAGGAGAGCACACUUAAAGGGUAUGGGAUUCGUUCCCGCUGCUUUGAAGGCCAAGAGGUGGAGGAAGCCAAUAUUUUUCAUGUAAAUAGAGCUAGAGUUAACUACCGAAAAUGUCGUAUUGAUAAAAUCAUUGCCUCUAAUGGCACAUGCUUAUCGACCAAAGAGGACAUUUCAGGAGAGAUUAUUUCACAUUUCAGUAAAAUUUUCAAAAAUCAACCUUCUCCUGACAUACUGGCAGGUACUGAUUUUCUUGAGGGAGUAAGAGAUUGCUUUAAGCCAACCCCAAACCUGACUGCACCAAUUUCCCUCCUUGAGAUUAAAGCUGCUCUGAUGGCGAUGAAAUCAAACAAGUCUCCUGGCACCGAUGGCAUUCCUUACGAGUUUUACGUAAAUUUUGGGACGUGAUCGCACCCCAUUUCUUGGAUAUGUUCAAUCAUAUCCUUGAAAGGGAAACUCUUACGUCAUCGUAGGGCCAAGCGGCGAUCAGGCUAA